AUGGAAGGAGUAGAGAGGAAACUGCAGUCCCUGCGACUAUCGGAGGCGGAGAAGAAGGGAGUCAAAAUUAGCAAGCGCGGGUCAAGUUCGACUACAUCUGAUAAGGUACAAGCAGUAGGAAAAGUUUUGUCGGAUAGACCAGCAAGGGUUGAUGCAAUAAUCAGUAAUUUAGGGAGGAUUUGGUGUCCGUUCAAGGGAUUGGAAUGUAAAGAUAUGGGUAUGAACCGCUUUCUCUUCGCGUUCCGGGAGGCUGCUGGGAAGAAGAAAGCCCUGUUUGACGGCCCUUGGACGAUCAACAAGAAACUUCUAGUCAUGGAGGAUUUCAACCCGUCGAAAACACUAGAAGAAUAUGAGUUCAAAUACAUACCAAUAUGGGUGAGAGCCUAUGGUAUUCCCCUAGGAUUAAUGGAUAAGGAGACAGGGGAAUUGUUAGGGGAUGCUAUAGGUGAAUUUCUUUGUGUUGAUGUUGAUGACAACGGUCAAGCUGCCGGGGAAUAUUUGAGAAUCAAAGUUAAAAUCGACAUCACAAAACCACUCAUGAGGGGCACCACACUCUAUUUGGAGAAUGACGAUGAUAACAAAUCAGAAGACGAGAAUCUGGUAGGAGAGGAGCCAGAUGGAGAGGAGAACGGAAAGGUAAUCUCGUUUAAAUAUGAAUUCUUGCCAGAUUUUUGCUAUGUCUGUGGUAUCAUUGGGCAUAAUGAUCGAUCCUGCUCUAGAAGACUAGAGAGAGGGGAACAAAAUCAGUAUGGACCAUGGCUUCGAGCUGAUGUAAUGAAGAGAAGUAUUAGUGAAGAAGAUCGCACCAGGAGCGGGGGAGAGAGAGGUGGCUUUUGGAGGACAAACAACGGAGGGAAUGGAAGCAGCAAACAGGGGAUUGACGCAAUCUCUUGGAGGAAAAAAGAGGCUGAGCAAGAGGGUAGUCGAUCACACGAAUGGGAGGAAAGACAAGUCACAAGCCCUGACUCAAUUGGAGCGCAGAAUGUGAAGAAGCUUUUGGUCGAAGAGAAGGAAGGGCCUCCAGCAAGAAUAGAAGGAAAUACACAGGGGGUUGCUGUCUCCAAUGAGAGUUAUUCGGGCUCGGUUUCAGCACUUAUGCAAGCUCAAAGUGAGAAGGACCCGAUAAUCCGCAAUGAUAAUGAGAAAAAGGAGUCGGGGGUAAGUAGCAGAGGUAAGGGAGAAAUGAAAGGAAGUCUGAGUGAAGAGGCUGUUCCAAAAAACAAUAAGAAGGGGAGGCAAAUCAAAAUAAGAGAACUAGAUAAAUCGAAGGGUAGGAAAGAGAAGACCAUAGCUGGUGCAGAAUCAAAGAAGAGGGCCCCUGAAGAAAUGGAUAUUGAUGAAGACCUAAAUGGAAGUAAAAAACGUAAAUUGACGACAACAGAGGCAGUAGAGGUGGCUGGUGCAAGGGUGUGUGCGGAUGGAAGUAAUAAAGACAAUGAAGCUAGGGAAAAAUCCGAAUCUGAGCUGAAAGCGGGAUUGGCGGACCAAUCCCGCGGGGCCCAAUGA